AUGGAUGCAAACGAUCCUAUCCUGAUCAGUAAAGUUAGGGAUAAGGAGGGCAGACCUAUCGCCUAUUUGAGAGUUAAGAUAUAUAAGAGUUUCCCAAAGUUUUCGGACUAUUUUAAGCAAUUCUUUAUACAUAUCAUCAAUAAUAUUGAUACUCAACGGGAAGAAAAUGGUUGGGCGAUGGUAUGGGACUUAACGGGCGCUGGGCCUUCAAAUUGGGACCUCUCGAUGAUUCGCUUUGUUAUCUCCAGUUUCCGGCUAUACUUCCCGAAAGGUAUGCAGUAUCUGGUGAUAUACGGCGUGCCAUGGAUUAUGACUGCGUUUGUGAACAUUGGGAUGAAAUUGUUGUCAGAAGAAGCGAGAAAUAAAGUGAUAUUCGCCUCAAAGGACCAGAUCUUCAGCCAUAUUGACCCCUCAAAUGUGCCCGACUUUAUGGGCGGUAAAUGCGAGCAAAACUAUAGGGAUGUCCCUAAAGAGGUGGUCAGGGAUUGCAGGGAUUUGGGUGCAGAGCGCGGUAUUAAUAGCGAUGAGAUUGAGUCGGUUUUGAAGUUUAUUGAUAAGAAUAAUAAUUUCCCGCCCAUAAAGUCGGGCAGAUUAUCGGGUGCCACUAAACUGAACAAUAGGACAUCAUUUGAAACAAACCUUAUUUUACCCCUCAUAUCCUUUGGCGUGAAAGUCAGUUCAAACUUGAUCAGGGUCCUUAUUAAGGGGAAACUCUUAAACAACUUAAGCCUGGCGUAUAUGAUAACCCUUCCCGCCCUGUCCACUGUAUACGGGAAAUAUGCGCCCAACUUAUAA